GGUUAAUUUAUCCUUGUAAUGGGUAAUAAAAACUGUAUUUAAACGCAGUGUAAUGCAAGACUUUUUCAGUUUUCACUUUUGAUUUUAAGCUGUGUGAAUGAUCGGUGGGCUUUGAGCAGUGAUUUUUUCGAUUGUUUAUGAUAAAAUUUCUUUCAGCUCUGUAUUUUUUUAACAGCUCUUCAAUAGAGUGUUAGCGCUAUUAAUUUAUUUUUCUUGCAGAUCUCAUAGAAGAGAAGAGACCCAAAUAAAGGCUUUAGCCAAAGCUGAAAAUCGUUGUGAUUGAAGGCUCCAGCUGACUCGAUGGAUGCACAAAUGCUGGAGGUGACAAUUAUAUGUGCGGAUGGUCUGAAAAAUGUAAGAAAGUUGUGGGGAAGAAUGCGCACUUAUGCCGUUGUAUGGAUUAACGACGAUGUUAAUUCGGGUGCAUCUACGCGGAUUGACAAAGAUGGUGGGUGUUAUCCUGUUUGGAAUGAGAAGUUGCAGCUGAGGAUUAGCAGUGGAUUGCAUGCUUGUUCUCUAAACAUUCAAAUAUAUUGCAACACAAGUUUUGGAAAGAAGUUAGUGGGAUGGAGCAAAGUUCCCUUGUCUGACAUAACUUUGGGUUAUGGAGCACCCAACGGUUUACAUUACCUGAGCUAUCGAUUGAGGACAAAGAAUGGAAAGCGCAGUGGUACCAUCGAUUUCUCUCUGCAGAUUUUGACACAGCCUAACCGCCCUCAGUUGUUUAAUCCUUCCAUUUCCAUGUUUCCAGGCCAAGGAAGUUGUCAAAACAAUUAUCCUUAAUCAACCGGAAUGGGUAAUUGAAUGAUAAGCUUUAUGAUUGAUAAAGCACAAAAUUGUUAUGUCCUCAAAAGUAGAAUAUUGCAUAGUAUUACUAUUGUGGGUCUGAUUUCUCUCAAUUAAAUACUCUAUUUCCAAGAGCAAAUUUAAUGUA